CUCUCUUUAACUUUGGUUUUGUGGUUGAAAAAGGGCGGAAUUUUUGGAACUCCAAUUCACCCCCCUCUUGGAGUACAUUGAGUCAACAAUUGGUAUCAGAGCAAGGGCUCCAAUUUGAAGGUUUAACCACCUAGGAGUUGAUCGGGAAUUGCUCAAUUUCUAUCUUCUCAACCACUUGAAGGUUUGUCUACCACUAAGCCUCCUUUCUUUGAUGGUACUAAUUAUAAUUAUUGGAAGAAUAGGAUGAAGGUCUUCAUGCUUGCAAAUGUGCCCAAGGCAUGGGUUGUGACUAUGAAAGGUCCAUAUGUAGCUAUGAAAAUUGUUGGAGAAAGAGAGGUGCCAAAGGAAGAAAUUGAUUGGAAUGAUGAAGACUUGGAGAAGAUCAAGAUCAACAACAAAGCAAUUAGUAUGCUUCAAUGUGCUCUCAAUCCAACGGAAUAUCAUAGAGUCUUCGGGCAUGAUACGGCUAAGGAGAUGUGGGACAUGCUAGAAGUCACACAUGAAGGAACAAGCCAAGUAAAGGAGUCAAAAAUCAAUAGACUCAUUUGCAUGUAUGAGCUUUUCAAGAUGAAACCGGAGGAAAGCAUUCAAGAUAUGUUCUUAGAAACUUGCCUUAAGAGUUGGGAAGCCAAGAAGACAGCAAUUGAAGAAUCUAAGGAUCUCAACACUCUCAAGCUUGAAGAUCUCAUUGGUAAAUUGAUGACAUAUGAGAUAGAAGUUCAAGGUGAUGGUGGAGUUGAAAUAGUUGAGAAGAAGAAGAAGGAUGUUGCAUUCAAGGUGUGCCUUGUGAGCAAAAUGAAGAACCAAUGGUAUCUAGAUAGUGGAUGCUCGAGGCACAUGACGGGUGAUCCUUCACAAUUCUCAUCACUCAUGCCCUUGGAUGGUGGAACUGUGACCUUUGGUGACAAUGGGAAAGGAAUUGUGAAAGGAAUUGGUAAAAUUGGUAACAAAUCUAUUUCUUUUGAUGAUGUUUGAACUCCUCAACAAAAUGGGGUGGUUGAACGGAAAAAUCGUACUAUUGAGGAAAUGGCAAGGACUAUGAUUUGUGAUAAUGAUUUGCCAAAAUCCUUUUGGGCUGAAGCCGUUGCAACCUCUUGUUAUUUGUUGAAUAGAGUUAUGGUGAGGCCUAUUCUCAAUAAAACCCCCUAUGAAAUUUACAAAGGAAGAAAACCUAAGAUUUCCUACUUUAGAGCUUUUGGUUGUAAAUGCUUUGUCUUGAACAAUGGAAAGGACUCUCUUGGAAAAUUUGAUUCUAAAAGUGAUGAAGGCAUCUUUGUUGAAUACUCUACUUCUAGUAAAGCUUAUCGUGUGUAUAAUAAACGUACUAAAGUUGUUGAGGAAUCUAUUCAUGUGGUAUUUGAUAAGACUAACCCUAUUUGCUCUAUAAAGUCUUGUAAUGAUGAUGAUGUGGAUGCCAUUGGAGAACAAAUAAAAGAUAUAAAUCUCAAGGAGGACAACACCAAGGAAGCUCAAGAUGAGAAGAAUGAGGAGGACAAACAUGAAGAAGUGCAACAAACACAUGAGCUAAGAGAACCAACUUUCCCAAGAGAAAGAUCCUAUGUCAAAGGUAAUGAAAUUCUUGGGGAUCCAUCAAAAGGGGUAACUACUAGAUCUCAUGCUCAUAAUACUUGUGCUUUCAUUGCCUUUAUAUCUCAAAUUGAACCAAAUAAUCUUGAUGAUAGUUUAAAUGAUCCUAAUUGGGUGAUGGCUAUGCAAGAAGAAUUAGCUCAAUUUGAAAGAAAUAAGGCAAGACUAGUUGCUAAAGGCUAUUGUCAAGAGGAAGCAAUUGAUUUUGAUGAGACUUUUGCCCCGGUAGCUAGACUUGAAGCAAUUAGAAUGUUAUUGGCUUUUGCAUGUUUUAAAGGUUUUACACUUUAUCAACUGGAUGUUAAAAGUGCUUUUCUAAAUGGUUAUAUUCAAGAAGAGGUUUAUGUUGAGCAACCUCCUGGUUUUGAAGAUCUAUCUUAUCCAAACCAUGUUUAUAAACUUUCAAAGGCUUUCUAUGGCUUAAAACAAGCUCCUAGAGCUUGGUAUGAAAGAUUAAGUAGUUUUUUGCUUGCAAAUGGUAUUUCUAGAGGAAGAGUUGAUACCACCUUGUUUGUGCAAAACAAAGGCCAAGAUAUACUAAUGGUCCAAAUCUAUGUUGAUGAUAUUGUGUUUGGUGCUACUAAUGAUUUUCUUUGUCAAGAGUUUUCCAAAGCUAUGCAAGGUGAAUUUGAAAUAAGCAUGAUGGGUGAGCUCAACUUCUUCUUGGGACUUCAAAUCAAACAAUCCAAAGAAGGCAUCUUCAUCAACCAAAGCAAGUAUACAAAGGAAAUGCUUAAGAACUUUGGCAUGGAGACUUGUAAGCCAAUAGCUACUCCUAUGAGCACUUUAAUUAAUCUAGACAAGGAUGAAGGAGGUUGUCCUAAAGAGUCACACUUAAUUGCGGUUAAAAGAGUCUUUAGAUACCUAAAGGAUACUCCCAACCUUGGUUUAUGGUAUCCUAAGGGUUCUUCCUUAGACUUACAUUCAUAUUUGGAUGCAGACUAUCUCUCGAAAUCCCCCCUCCAAGCCGCCAACACCAGCUUUGAAAAAUUGGUGAGAAAGCUUGGAAUUUCUCCUUCUUUCUUGUCCAAGAACCUAAUUUGGAACCCAGAAAUCUUUCCCCCUUGCUGGAAAUUCCAGAUCUACCUUGCUCUGCUUGUCUUCACCGCCGGCUGCUAUGUGGAUCCGUGAGUUUCUCGCCUGCACUUGCCGCCGGCUUCUCCCCUUGCCAAGUCCAGUUCUGCAACUGGAAAAUUUAUGGUAGAUUGGCUUCUCUAAUUCUCGAAAAUUGGUUGAUUAGUGGCUGCUUUGUGAUGUCUGAAUUUGGCUAGAAAAUGGGGAUGAAAUUGAUAGUAAUUAGACCAUGAUUUAGCUUGAUUCAAGUGGAAUUUAUAUGAUUGAGUGUUAAUGGACUGCUAUGUGAUUUUGGAGAAAAUCCCGUGAGAUUAGCUAGUGUUUUGGCCAAUUUGUGGGAGUGGAGUUACUGUUCACGUCGGGGUACUGUUCACGGUACUGUUCACCGAAACUGUUCGCACCCCGAGGGCCAACAUUUAACGGGAAUUUAAAUGAUUAGUUUGUGAUAUGAGAACGAAUUUGGAGAUAUUUGAUCAUGUGGAAAGUGAUAGAAAUAGCAUUGUGAUUAGGAAUGAUCCUAAUGAUGAUUUCAGCUUGAAUUUGUGAUAGUCUUGUAUUAAUUCUGAGGUGUUUUGAUUAGGUUCCCGAUCAUUCUGUCAGUUAGUGCAUGAAUUGAGUGCUCAGUUUUAUGCAAGUGCGGUAAGUAAAUUAUGGUAAUGCCC